AUGGCUUCCAGAUUAGAGGACGAUCUCUGCUGUUCUGUCUGCCACGACAUCUUUAAAGAUCCUGUCAUCCUGUCAUGCGGCCACAGCUUCUGUAAAGACUGUCUGCAGAGCUGCUGGACGGAGAAACAAACCAGAGAGUGUCCAGUCUGUAAGAGAAGAGCUUCAAAGGAACCACCUCUGAACUUUGCGUUAAAGAACCUGUGUGAGAGUUUCUUACAGGAGAGAGAUCAGAGAGCUUCAGAGGCUCUCUGCAGUCUGCACUCUGAGAAACUCAAACUCUUCUGUCUGGACCAUCAGCAGCCAGUGUGUCUCGUCUGCAGAGACUCCGAAAAACACACCAAGCACACAAUCAGACCCAUCGAUGAAGCUACACAACAACACAAGAAGGAACUUCAGGAAACUCUGGAGCCUUUAAAGAAGAAGUUAAAGGUUUUUAACCAAGUUAAAGUGAAGUUUGAUCAAACAGCAGAACACAUUCAGGUCCAGGCCCGAUGCACAGAGACGCAGAUUAAGGAGCAGUUUAAGAAGCUUCACCAGUUUCUAGAAGAGGAAGAGGAGGCCAGGAUGGCUGCACUGAGGGAGGAAGAGGAGCAGAAGAGUCAGAUGAUGAAGGAGAAGAUGGAGGCUCUGAGCAGAGAGAUAGCAGCUCUUUCAGACACAGUCAGAGCCACAGAGGACGAGCUGAGAGCUGAACACGUCUCAUUCCUGCACAACUACAAGGCUGCAGUGGAAAGAGUCCAGCAGCGCCUCCUGCUGGAGGAUCCACAGCUGCCCUCAGGAGCUCUGAUAGACCAGGCCAAACACCUGGGCAACCUGGCCUUCAACAUCUGGAACAAGAUGAAGGACAUGGUCUCCUACAGUUCUGUCAUCCUGGACCCAAACACUGCUGGUACAAAACUCAUCCUGUCUGAAGAUCUGACCAGUCUGAGACGAGAAGAGGAACAGCAGCUUCCUGAUAAUCCAGAGAGGAUUGGUGUUUAUUGGUCUGUUCUGGGCUCUGAGGGCUUUAACUCAGGGACUCACAGCUGGGAGGUCGAGGUUGGAGACAAUACAUUAUGGUCACUGGGUGUUUUAUCAGAGUCUGUCCAGAGGAAAGGAGACACCCGGUCUGGAUUAUGGAGAAUACAGUUCUAUCAACAUACACACUCAUCAUGGUCACCAACAGAUAGAAUGACUGUUCUCGUAGUGCAGAAGAAGCCUCAGAGGAUCAGAGUGAAUCUGGACUGGAACAGAGGAAAGCUGUCGUUCUCUGAUGCUGACACUAACACACACAUACACACCUUCACACACACUUUCACUGAGAGGAUGUUUCCAUAUUUUUUAAAUUAUGAUGAGGAUGAUCACCCACUGCAGGUUUUACCAGUGAAGGUCUCUGUGGCUGCAGGACAACAGAAAUAGACGAUCAGCAUCGUUCUGUUCAAGACGUCCUGAAGUCUUUGAGGAACAUGUGACUACGUUGUCCUGAUGAUGAUGUUGGUGCAAUCUACAGUAGAACGACAAUAGUAAGAUAAACACCUGGAAAAUAACUAAAGUUCUUGUUUUCCUCAAUCAGUGUGAACAAUGUUUAAUUUAGAGCCAAAUAGAAAUAGUUAAAAAUAAGUAAAUAAAUAACCAACAGCUUUUUAAAUUACUUCAUAUUGUUUUCAGUCAAGGGGCUAUAGUAUAUUUUUUAAAUUAUUGAUCAUAACUUUAACCUCUUCCAACCAUGGAUCUAACUCACCCAAAAAAUAUAUUUAAAAAAAAAAGGGAUGAAAAUUUAAAAAUAAUUCAAUGAAAGACAAAUAAAUAUUCUCAAUACGUUGGUGAAGGUUUUAUCCAAUGUGUUUCUGUAAUAUUCAAAGAACCUGUUGCAUUUAUCUUUGUUUGGAAGAUC